UAUUGAUUUCAGACAUUUAGACACAUGUCAUGGCUUCACAGAAUGCUCUAACACUGUGGAGAAGUUAUUGAAGGCGACACGACAAGCGUAAAACAACUUAUCAAUUCUCCACCUUUUUUGCACGUGCUUUUUAUUUAUACAAUAUACACGCGGUUAUUAUUUUAUUACACAUUUGUCCAUUUAUUGGAUGUUUAAUUUACUCUUUCCUUCCUCCUAAAUAACAUUUGUAAAUUGAUGUUUUAUCGUCAUUUAGUGUAGUUUAUUGUAAAAAUCCUGACGAUGCACAUAGUUGCGUAAACGUUUGAAAUUUACUUUUUAGCAAAACUUUCUUCUAUAUCAAAUGCGGGCUUCACUACCUCGCCAUAUUUAAGCUUUUUCAACGUAAUAUAAAAGUUUUUCACGUUUAAGUUAUUUCGUAUAUUGCAAUCGUAUGUUAAGUUUUUUUUCCGAUUUUCCAGUUUAAAUUCAGUAGUUAUUCCAUCAUGUUUGAAAUUAGCAACCCAAUAGUAUGAUAUUGUCAGAGUUUUCCCAGGUUUUGCGAUUCUGGCCUCCAUAUAUGAGUAACCAAAUCCUUUUAGUUUACGAGAUAGGCAAUUUUCGAGAUUUUUCAAAAAUCAUCUAGAAAAUUUAAUAUUAAAAAAUUUCUCAAUUUUUGAAAUUCUCGCCCUGUAGUUGAGUGUUGUCAGGGUACUCUCAGGGGUUGGAAAUCUUGCCUCCACUUCUCACUUCUCAAAUCCUUGUAGUUUUCGACAAAUGACGUUUUUUAUGAUUUUUCAAAAAAUUUCAAAAACUUAGGUUUUAAUAAUUUCCAAAACGUUGAAGAUCUCAAUCCUGUUGUUGGGUUUUGUGAGGAUACUCUCAGGGGUUGCGAAUCUUGCCUUCGAUUAUGGUUGCUCAAAUCCGGGUAGUUUUCGAGAUAUGACGUUUUUUUUUGGAUUCUUAAAAUUUUUCAGAAAACUUAGAUAUAAAAAAAUUUAACACAACUUGAAAUUACCAUCUCUGUAGUGAGGAUCUGUCCGAGUACUCUCAGGCGUUGCAAAUUUUGCCUCCCCUUAUGACUGCUCAAAUCCUUGUAGUUUUCGAGAUCUGACGUUUUAUGAUUUUCUCCUAAAUUUUCACAAAAAACUUUAAUAUUAAAAAAUUCCAAAGGUUUGAAGAUAUCAAUUUUGUUAUUGGAAUUUUUGAGGCUACUCUUAGGUGUUUGCGAAUCUUGCCUCUGAAUAGAACUGCUCAAAAUCUUGCAGUUUUUUAGAUAUGACGUUUUUUGUGAUUUUGUCAAAAAAAAAUUCAUGAAAAUUAAUAUAAUUUUUUUUUAAGUUUGAAAUUCCUAACCUGUAGUUGGGGUGCUGUCAGAAUAAUCUCAGGGGUUGCAAAUUUGGCCUCCAAUUAAGAAUGCCCAAUUUUUUUUUGUUAAAGAGAUAAGACGAUUUUAUUGAUUUUUUUUUGGAAAUUUUCAGAAAACUCAAAUUACAAAAUAUUUCGUUAUAGUGAAAUACCCAACCCUGUAGUUUUUGCGUUGUUGAAAAUUGGAAGCACCGGAGGUGCGGUACACGCUAGUUGUUUUUAAAAUUUGGUUUUAAACGUGAAAAAAUAUUUUCGUUUGUUUUUCAACCGACCCCGAAUAGUUGCAACAUGAUUGUUUAAAUCGAGCCUACAGAUAGAUUAUUUCAUUUAAUAUGUCCUUGAUUUUUGGGUUAUUUGAAACAAUCGAGUACACAUCGUACGCUCACUCCCCUAGCAUAUGAUAGACGUUGAGUUGUUAUCUCUCGAAUACGCCUUUGAAUAAAUACCGUCUGAUUUUCCGUAUUUCACUCACUCCCUCUAUGCUGCCGCUAAAUGUAUGGCAGUUUAAGUUUGAAAUUUUGCUGAUAAGAACAUCAAGUUCUGGCAGUUUGUUGAAGUGUGUCAAUUUAAAGUUCUGUUCAAAUUCUGGCAUUUUGUUGAAGUGUCAGUUUUUCUACUAUUUUGUAUAGAGAAAUGGCCCCUAUCGUUGAGAAAGAGAAUUUAUCGGCACUGCUAGUCAAAAAAGAUGACCUGCAGAUUGUCAACUUGGACAUUCCUAAACCAAAAUCGAGUCAAGUAUUGCUGAGGAUGGGACCCGUUGGUAUUUGUGGGUCGGAUGUGCAUUACUUAAAACAUAUGCAAAUUGGGAGUUUCAUUGUGAAAGAGCCCAUGAUUCUGGGUCACGAAUCAGCUGGAACUGUUCUUGAAGUGGGAUCAGAAGUGAAAACUCUGAAAGUUGGCGACCGUGUUGCUAUUGAGCCUGGAGUCCCGUGUGGCCGAUGCAGUUUUUGUGUAGGUGGCAACUACAACCUCUGUCCUGAUGUCGAGUUCUUGGCUACUCCCCCUUAUCACGGGUCUUUACGGCAAUAUCAUUGUCACGAGGCGGCUUUUUGUUUUAAGCUACCGGAAAAUGUAAGCUUAGAAGAGGGCGCUUUGCUGGAACCCUUAUCAGUAGGAGUGCAUGCUAACAGAAAGGCAGAAGUCACAUUUGGAGAUUUGGUGUUAGUUUGCGGAGCUGGACCUAUUGGCUUGGUGAACGUAAUGGUGGCCAAGGCUGCUGGUGCUAGUCUUGUUGUUUGCACUGACAUUGACGACAAAAGGCUGGAUUUUGCUUUGAAUUGUGGAUCAGAUAAAGUGUUAAAUGUUCGUGGUCUUUCAGAAAUAACUGCAGCUGAAAAAAUAAUUGAGCUUCUGCAAAAUCGUAGACCAAAUAGAGUAAUUGAGUGCUCUGGUGCGCAGUCAAGUGCAAGAGCUGCCAUUCACGCUAUAGCAGCUGGAGGAAAAAUGGCACUAGUUGGUCUGGCUCCAAGUGAUGACUUGACACUGCCCAUGAUAACAGCCUCAUGUAAAGAAGUAUCAAUUACUGGGGUCUUCAGAUACGCGAACUGUUACCCUACAGCUUUGAAUUUGGUGGCUUCAGGAAAAGUUGACGUGAAAAAAUUGGUGACUCAUCGAUUCGACCUGAAAGACUCGAUUAAAGCGUUUGCUACUACAUUCAACGGAGAAGGAGUAAAAGUUGUCAUAAACUGUAGUUGAUCUGAACUGCGAACAAUGGUUAUAGCCUGGAUAACUUGUAAUUGUUUCUGACUAUUCUAUUCUGAUCUUUUUUUAUCAAGCUGUAGAUAGUGAAACUCAGAAGAUGAAAUGAUAGAUUUGUAUUCGAAUUUGUAAUUGAUUUAAAUAAAGCUUUAAUAAAUAUUAUACAACAA